AUGAAAAAUCAAUAACUCUUAAAAGACUUAGAAACAUUUCAAAAAUAACUUAAAUUAGCAUUACCAUCAAUCAUUAAUCAUGCAACAAAAGACAUUUGUAAUUCUCAAUACUUUGAAAGUCUAUUUAAAGAAUCUAAGCCCAACAAUAUCCAAGAACUCUAUUCCUAAAGUCUUCUUAGAUUAGAUCCUCACAUUUCCAGAUAAAAGCCUCAAUUAGAAGAUGAUAUCUAAAUAAUAAAUGAUUUUAUCCAUGUAUAUUUUGAAUCUCAUUUUUCUACCUUAUAGAAAAUGAUGUUACUUCAACAAGAAGUGAAGACCCAGAUGGAAUUAGAGGAAGUAUAGAAAACAGCAAUUUAAGAAAGUAAGUAAUAACCCUAAUAAUUAACUUAAAAAGAAAUAGAUUAAAACAGCGCUUUAGAAUAUGAUACUGUAAAUAUGAGAGACGUUUGUCUCAAAUUAAAGCAAAAAUAUUACAAAAUACCUAAAUAACCUAUUUGUGAAGAUUGUUUUUGUGGUAAUUAAUUGCAUUACAAAUAAAUUGUUUAAUGUUAAUUAUGUGAUAAAUACUUACAUGUUAAUUGUUUAGACAAAAGUUAUGAUGAAAGAUAAGUUGAUAAUUUUACAUGCCCAAUAUGCACUCUUUCUAAUAUGGAUUAGUUCUGUGAAGUUAUUACAACUCUAGUUGACCCAUGUCCAUUUAAGAAAAAUGGGUUAACCAACUCUAAGUUAGUUAGAUUUAAAACUGACUGUGAAAUGGUUGACAUCAGAUGUAUUAGGCUUGAUUCUCCUUAAGCAGCUUAAGAAAUUACUUGGCCAGAUCUAGGAGAAAUUCAGUUAAAUGGUAAAAAGGUCUUUGAAUUUGUUCCAUUAAGUUUAUAGAGUUGUUUACAUAAAAGAAAGGAUGAAAAACUGUUUUGUACAAUUCCAAAAAAUGAAGAAUGCACUCUCAUUUUCAAGGAAUCUAUACCAGGAAUAGAUUAAAAAAGAAAGUUUAGAAUCCUUAGUGAAUAACUCUAUUAUUUCGCAAUUUAUAAAACCAAAUAAUACACAUCUAAGUAAUUAAUUGAUAAAAUUAUUGAUGAUCCAUAGAAUUGGAUGAGUUUAGAAUAAUCACGAGAUUUCGUUAUUCUAUAAAUCAAUUAUAGUCCUGCCAUUAAAAUAAUCAAAUUACACAUAUCAUUAUUAUGUUGCUUCAGUUCAUCUCUAAUAUAAACUCCAGUUAGAGGGAUUUAUUGUACUCAUGUUUAAUGUUUCUCAUUAGAAAGUUACAUCCUGAUGUUGGAUCAAUAAAUACCCAGAAAAUGGAGAUGUCCAAUUUGUAAAGCUAAAAUAUUUAAAUUAUAAAUUGAUGCACUUUAGUAUGCAAUUUUAAAAUCAAUCAGAUAAUUUGGUUUAUAAGAAAAGUAUUCCUGUAUCUCACUUGAUUUUUAAGGCAAUAUUUUAGAUGAAUUCAUUUCGAAAUCUAUUGAUUAUAAUCUCAUUCCAGAGAUUGCCAAACAAAUUAAUAAUAGAAUACCAUAGUUAGAAAAAUUAAGUAGUUCUAUAAAUGAAAAGGAGGAUUAUGAGAUCUAAAGUAAUUCAAAAUUAAAUUAUCCUAAAUCUAUUGUUAUAAUAUAAUCAAGAGAUUUUUUAUUUUUAAAUUCUUGUCAAUGGCUAUUCUGUUAUAAUCUUUGA